GACGUUAGAAAAAAAAAACAAAAGUUGACCUUUCUAUCCGCGUGAGUAUUAGGUAUGAUUUCAUACAAUAUUUGAUAUUCCUGGGACUGCGUAUAUAAGAAACUUAGUUUUUACUCCAGCAUUAGAUUGAGCUAGUAGUUCGAAUAAGCAACAUCAAAAUGAAAACCUUCAUCGUUGCCGUCUGCAUCUUCGCAUGCGCCCUUGCGGCCGACCAGACAUCCCAGAUUCUCCGCAGCGACUACGCCCAGAGCCCCAAUGGUGAAUACCAGUAUGUCUUUGAAACCGACAACGGUAUCUCUGGCCAGGCUUCCGGCAAAGUUAAGAAUGUAGGAAAGGACGACGUUGCUCUUGAGGUUACUGGCUCCAACGCUUUCAAAUCCCCCGAAGGUAAUGUCUACAGCUUGUCCUACAUUGCCAACGAGAAUGGAUACCAGCCCCAGGCUGACUACCUCCCCACUCCCCCCGCCCCCGUUCCCAUCCCCGACUACAUCGCCAGGGCUAUUGAAUGGGCUGCCAGCCACCCUUACACCGAAAAGAAGGCGUAAAUAUAAUUGAAUGAACUUUAGAAAUACCAAACCAAGCAACGUACGACGAUGCCGACCUGUUACAAGCGGAAAAUGGCUUUAACAUCUUAUUUUUUUUGUUAAUUUUUUGUUUUCUAGGCAAUAAAUAAUGUAAAAACGUUUACCAA